CCUGUUUACUUCCUGUUUGCUUGCUGUAAGGAUAUUUUAGUGUUUGAUUUAAUAUUUCCAGUUGUUUAUCAGAUGUGUGCAUUGUAACUAUGACGAAUAUAUUUUUCAACAUUUCUAUAAUAGUUUUCCUGACUAAUGUUUUAGUAUCAGCUUCUAUUCAGACAGAGGAGGCCUGUAGUGUCUCCCAGACAUCAGACACCGAGAGUAUACUGGUUGACUUGAAGAAGCUGGAUAUACAGUUGACUGCUCAAGAAAGAAGAAUACAGAACCUAGAAUACAAACUCAGAAAAGAUGAAGAAGUUUUUUCAUGUAUUCAUCAAUGCUUGCAUUCACAGGAGAGAGAAGAUAAAAGAAGAAGGCAGACAGAUAGGGCCCGGAUAGAAAUGUUGGAAGGACAUUUAAGCUGUAUACAUGGAUGUAUGCAUCUCAAUCCAAGUUUAUCAUGAUAUGUUUUUGUUUUGAGCUUAUGCAAUGUACAGGGGGACCCACAAAGAAUAAGACUGUAAAGACGACAGGAAACUCUUAAAAUAUGACGAUCCCAAGCUUUUACUAAGUAUUAUGCAUUAGAUAAAGUAAUCUAAUGGCUUACAUGAUGAUUUGGAAAAGAAAGAAACAAGUUUACAGUUGAAGGUAAUCGUGAAUGUAAGGAAACAGACAGUAUAAAUUCCGUACAAUCGUCUCUGAAGUCUCAUCCUUUAUGGGUAACCUUGUACCUGUAUUCUGCAUGUACUUUUUUAUUGUAUGACAUACGUCAUAUAUACACUACGAUAAACAUACAUCUCUUAAUAAUCUUGAAAAUAUUACUGUUUGUUUUUAUUGAAAAUAUAUUUUUCCUUCAAUUCUUCUUUCCUCCUCCCAUCAACACAUUCUUCACUUCUUAUCCUUCCGUUUAUUCUCCCAUCAACUCUUUUCCCCCUCAUCCCAGACUGUUCUACCAUCAUCCCGUUUUGUUAUUCCUUUAAUCAUUCUCCCAUAAUUUUUUGCUUUUUCAAUCCUCCCAUCCCAUCUCCCAUCUGUCUCCUCAUUACUUCUCUCCCCUCCUAUGGCUUCUUCCCUCUUUUUAUCAUUCAUUCAUUUACCCACCCUCUACCAUCCCAUCAUCUUGCCUUUCCCUUUUUUAUCCCCUUAUUUGCUCUUUACUUUUUCCCCUUCACAUCCCGUCAUCUUCCCAUCCCCCUUCCCAUCCCGUCAUCUUCCCAUCCCGUCAUCUUCCCAUCCCCUUUCCCAUCCGGUCAUCUUCCCAUCCCCCAUUCCGAUCCUGUCAUCUUCCCAUCCCGUCAACUUCCCAUUCCCCUUCCCAUCCUGUCAUCUUCCCAUCCCCCUAUUAAUUCUCUGCCAGUGUAAAGUAAAGUAUAAUUGCUCCAACUUCAAUACUCUUCCAAUUAAAGUUAGGACAAGGGAUCCAGGAGUGUCAAAUUCAUGUACGUACACAAGCAUUGAAGCUCUUGGG